CUUCACUUGGACACUCAUUCGCUCGACCCUUGGUUACCCUCGUCACUGUUCCCGGCUGUGCAAGAGUCCGCCCUCAUACCACUCAGGCAAACUCAACUUUUUAGUUACCACAUUCAUUACAGAGGCGAAAAAUACUAUGCCAAAGUCAACAGCCUCGCCGUCCUUCAGCUCUGGACCCUUCGUGGAGGUCUCGACCAAGCUAUAUAUCCACCUACCCCCAUGUUUCGCCACCAAACCGACCGAGGGUAUCCAAGAGCAAUUGAACGGCUUUCUCAUGAGAUAUAUGCCUCAAGUCGACGGCGUGGUAUUGGCUCACUCGGAUUUGAAGCUGCUUCAAGAGUCAGGAAGGAUCAUGUACGACUCACCUUACUGCCAUUUCUGGAUUUCUGUCAAGCUAUUGGUCUGGAAGCCCACCAAAGGAAGCAAGCUGCACGGAACCAUUAACUUGCAGUCGCCUGAUCACAUUGGUUUGCUGCUGUAUGGCACAUUCAAUGCCUCGAUCCCAUCCGAAUUCAUUCCGAAGGACAAGUACGAGUUUAACCCCAACAGCAGCUACAGCCGGGUGAAGCAACAGCAGCAAGACGGCGAAGAAGCAGAAGGCGAAGAUUCAUCAUCCGGAGUGGGUGGACUUUUGAACGGCGAAUGGGUCGUUAAGAGCACAGGCGAGAGCAUUGGACACGAAGGCGUAAUUGAAUUCGAAGUAUCGGAUUUGGUCAGGACAAACGAUAUGCUGACGGUAACAGGAUCGUUGGUGAAGGUACCUGUGACAAUGCGCCGUCCGUCGAUGAUGGUCAAGUCGACGUCGUCGUCGGACCCCGUACAAAAGAAGCGCUCCGCGCCCGAGGAGGAUGAGGGGGAGGCCGUCGCAUCACAGGAGGCAGAUCUUAAGAGGAUAAAGAAGGAAAAGAAGGAGAAGGUCAAGGAUGGCGAGGACAAGACAGAAGAUAGGAAGAUUAAGGAAAUGAAAAAAGACAGGAAGGAGAAGAAGGAUAAGAAGGAGAAGAAGGAGAAGAAAGAAAAGAAGAUCAAGGCUGAGGCAUGAUCGAUCCUGACAAAGGAAAGCAAGCAGGAACUACCCAAACUAUCAGGGACAACACGACACCGCAUAGAUUGGACUUUUUGCUGUCUCAGACAAAAAAGCACCACCCAUAUUACUUUGCACCCUACCUUCAUGCAAUUCACGCAUAUACAUCUAUUAAAACCACG